CCUCCGCCUCCGCCUCCGCCUGGGGCAGUGGGCGGCUUAUCUGGGAGUCCAGAGUCCAGCCGAGGACAGGCAGGCAGGCAGGUGCUGGGAAGGGAGGGAAAGCGGAGCAGCUCCCAGCUUCCUCCUCGGGAAGGGUCGGGGAGGGAAGGAGGGGCUCAGCCCCCCCCCCCCACGGCGGACUCGCUUGGCAGCCGGGCACAGAAGCCGCGAGGAAGCCGGGAGGAAGCGGAGGUCCCAGCCAGGUUCCUCGUUGCCCAUGGCUCCCCCCACCCUCCCCCAGCUCACCAGGCACAGAGCCUGCCAGCUUUGGAGGCUGACCGUGGGGGCCCUGGUCUCCGUCAUCCUGUUCCUGAGCUGGCACAGGGAGCAACUGGCCCCCACCACUGCCCCCGCCAGACCCUCCAUCCCAGCCCUGACCGACGGCACCUUCACCUUCUACUUCAACCGGAGCGUCUACGAAGCCCUCUUCCCUCACCUGCAGCUCUACCGGUGCCAGGAGGUGAUCGCCCGGGACGACUUGUGCCAGGGACCCUCCCGGGCGCCCCUGCUGCUCCUGGCCAUCAAAUCCCACCCGGCUUCUGGGAGCAGGAGGGCCACCCUGCGACGCACCUGGGCUCAGACAGCAGAGGUGGGGGGCUUUUGGCUGCAGCCCCUUUUCCUCCUGGGGGCCACGUCCAACCAGAAGCAGCUGGAGCUGGUGGCGCAGGAGAGCCGCGUGUUUGGCGACAUCCUGAUGUGGGAUUUCGUGGAGUCCCAUCACCACCUUUCCCUCAAGGAGCGCUGCUUCCUCCAGUGGGUGCACGGGCACUGCCAGCGGGCAGCCUUCGUCUUCAAAGGCUCAGCCAUGUUUCCCUCUGGAAGUUGAUCUUGGGGCUGGCAGCCGUCCUCUUGAUCACGUACGCCCUGAGGAAGAAGCUUCUUCUCCAAGCAAUGCCUGAGCCCAUCUCAGUCCUGACCGACGGCACCUUCACCUUCUACUUCAACUGGAGCGUCUACGAAGCCCUCUUCCCUCACCUGCAGCUCUACCGGUGCCAGGAGGUGAUUGCCCGGGACAACUUGUGCCAGGGACCCUCCCGGGUGCCCCUGCUGCUCCUGGCCAUCAAAUCCCACCUGGCUUCUGGGAGCAGGAGGGCCACCCUGCGACGCACCUGGGCUCAGACAGCAGAGGUGGGGGGCUUUUGGCUGCAGCCCCUUUUCCUCCUGGGGGCCACGUCCAACCAGAAGCAGCUGGAGCUGGUGGCGCAGGAGAGCCGCGUGUUUGGCGACAUCCUGAUGUGGGAUUUCGUGGAGUCCCAUCACCUUUCCCUCAAGGAGCGCUGCUUCCUCCAGUGGGUGCACGGGCACUGCCAGCGGGCAGCCUUCGUCUUCAAAGGAGAGGACGAUGUUUUCGUGAAUCCUGUGGCCCUGACGAAAUUCCUCCGGCUGACGCCCAACGUCUCCCACUUCAUCCACGGUCACAUCCACUACCACCCUGCCGUGAAGAGGAUUGGGCGGGACGCCAUCCCCCUCCCACUCUUCCCACUGGGCCACUUCCCCCACUUUGCCUUGGAAAAGGGCUUCCUGGUGCCCGGUGCUGCCCUGCCUGCCCUCUAUCAGGCCUCCCUUUGGUUGCCCACCUUCCCUCUCAGUGGUGCCUACUGGGGCUUCCUAGCCUUGGCCGUCCGGUUGCCCCAUAAGCACAGCGGAGACUUCCGGGCCUGGGAGAAGAUGGAAGACCACCUCACCUUAUACCAGAAAUCCCUGAUGGUCCAUGGGGUCUCUAUGGAGAGGAUGGAGAAAGUGUGGCGGGAGCUCAGGGGCUCCACGCGGGGAUGGCCCAAGUGAACGCAGGAGCAGCUGUACCCACACACGCUGUCCUUCGCCCAGGACGGAGUUGGUCAUUGGAUCCGGGAAAGGUGAUGCCACCCAUUGGCACUGGCUUCCUACAACCUCUCGCCAGAUGGUGAGCAGUUGCCAAGGCUCGCAUUUCCCAAAGCUGGUUGUCCAUAUUCUGUUAUUAAAAAGUCUCCCAAGCA